AGGGAGGUUGGAACUUGGUGAUCUUUAAGGUCUCUUCCAACCCAAACCAUUCUGUGAUUCUGUGAGCAAAUUUCCCACCAACCUUCAUUGCUGCUACCCUUCACUUUGUUUUCCUCUCCUUCAAGAUUUUGUUGAUGUGAAUUGUUUAGAUGUUUAUUGAUUUAGGAAUACAUUCUUUUGUCAGCCACUAGGAAAGCAGAAGUUGUGAAACCUUAGAAGUUCCAAACAUGGGCACCCUCUAGGAAGUGUUAAAUGUAUAAAACUUAAAUAUAUAUUUACUUUAGCGUACAAUUCACGUAGUUUAAAUUGGCUUUCCAGUUUGAAAUGAGCACCUGCUCUGUGAUGUUAACAUAUGUUUCUCUGGAAGAUAUCAAUGGGAAAGAAAAGCCUGGAAAACAGCCACAGAGAGUUGUGCCUGAUGGCUUCUGAAGCUGUUUUGUGACCAAUAGAGAUAAGACUUUAAUCAAUAAAUCUGUCUCUGUUUUGACUGCAAGAUGAAAAAAGUUUGCAGUGCCAAAGCUGAAAGGCACUUUUUUUUUUCCUCACUAUUCAACAUUUUUUUUUCUCUUCAUGUUCAUUGAUGACAGAACAGGAGCUUUGUAGAUAUGCAAUACAUUUCAUAAAUUAGUUCCCAUCGGAGAUAUUGUUGACUCCUGGACAGCAAACUGGGCACACUGUAGGAAGUGCUUAAUAAACAUCAGUGUGGCAGCAAGAAAAGAGUAAACACAGUUGCUGAAUUGUUUUGUUUCAAUCUGUGGAGGGAAAUGAGCCAAAAGAACUUCAGGUAGCAGUUAGGAUCUGGCUGGUAAGCACUGCUGAGAGACCACUCAACUUGCCAGACUGCCAAGAAAAUAAGGAAAAAAAAAUAAUCUCAUGCAGUAUAUAUUGCUUUUUGGAUUGAAGCACAGUAUGGCAAACUAGCUUACUUUCUGGGGAUACACUAUGGUCUUACUGUGAAUUGCUCGGGCUUAUGGGUCAUCCCCUUGAUCUUCCCUCUCUGGGGAGAGAGGCCAAAUUUUUUUUAAAGAAAUAUAUCCUACAAAGAUAAAGAAGCAAACAGUAGUAACUCCUCCUGGGAAGAGAUGGACAUAAAUGCAGGAGUAGGGUGCUGUAUCCCAUGCCUGUGGUCAACAUGAGGUGGCAGAAAGGCAAAGUUUUCUGCCCCUGAGGUUAUGAGAAGUGUAAAUCUGUAAAAAAUGUGGCUGCUUGUUUUGCCAGAGAUCACCCUAAAGAUGCAGCUGUUCCUUAACUACAGGCAGUAAAACUGAUUGUUUUACUUUCAGAAUUGUUGCUGCAGAACCUAAGUAAAGGGAUUAAGGGAUGAAAUUAAUUGUUCUGUCCGGGGAAGAAGGAUGAAAGGGAAAGAAUCCCCGACUUAAAAGCUCUGGAAGCAGGGAAUGCAAAGAAUUGGGGAAGAGCGUGACUUUGUUAUGGAUGACACUUUUUCCACCCAAAUAUCUGAUUGUACAAAAAUGUGCAGCACUUUAAUGAAAAAUAACAAACAGUUGUUCUGUAAUGAGAAGAAAAGGCAGACCACUGAAGUUACAUUUGAUUUCUGGAGUUUUGAUCUCUCGUCAGCUGUGUAUGGUUUUCAGAGUGCUGAUUUUAAGAUACGUUGGCCACUCAGUUGCUAAUGAAGCCAACUAGAUGCCAGAUACUUUGCAUUUCUUGUAGGGGUUUCUGAAUUCACAUUAUUUCCCAAUUUUGCUUUAGAGUUUAGAUUACAAGUCUGAGAUUUAACUUUACUACUAAUGGGAAUGAUUGAGGGGUUCAAAAAGAGGAAUAGCCUCAGAUCCAUGGCUGGAGAAGCUGUCAGAACAGAGAAUUUCUUUGGAAAACAUGUUCAAGACUGUGUGUUCAACACACUAAAGCAGUUUAGAGUCGAGCCAGACUUCCCAAGGCAUCAGAACCAAGACCAAACUCCUGGGCUCAGUCUGGAUCCAGGUGAUGUGAUGAGCCCACUGCAGGUGGGGACUGUGCAUGUGUAAUGCUUGGAUUUUUGGUUUCCUUCACAGCAGUGUUUGUCUCAUGUCAGGAAUGCUCCCUUUGAUGAUAUGAGAAUGCCACAGACAGUGAGGUAUUAAGGAAAUACAAGAAACAGUAAGUCCAAACCCAUGAUUUCACAAAGAAUUCGUACUUGGACCACAAAAAAAGUAUGUCCUGUAAAAGGGAAAAGAAAAACAUUCAGGAUUUUUUUUUUUAAACAGUAUAACUAAGCAUUUAUCAGAAAUAUAUGAUGUGCUUACUCAAAUAUGGAAUCAUAAUGCUCAGUGUCUGCUUUCCUCCCACUUCAUCCUGUUAGGAAAUGUGAACAGAUACCUUAUUCUGGGAACUUGGUUUGUCAUUUGCAUUAAUAUAAGCGGGACAAACUGUCCUUAAUUCUGACAUUAAUUUUGCAAGUCACCACGAUAUAAGUGGUAAGUUACCAUUUAUAUACCAAGUCUGUUACCAUAGAAAAGCAAAAUGCUGCCUAUUCCUGUGCUGUGGCGUUGCAUUCACACUCUCACAGACACAGCUCUGGUUAAUCUGCUUUUUGUGAUUUGCUGGUUGUUUAUCAGAAGUGAGUGCCUCCUGUGAGACUCUUACUAAUGAGGGUUUUUUUUCCUUGUGUUUCAUUCUCUGAUUAGGAGAAUAAAAAAUUACAUGCCAGUUAAACCCACACUACCCAUUCCACUUGGCAUCUCUUCUCACUGCAGCUAAUUUACAGUGAGCUUAUGCACCCUCUGCUGGGUUUUGUCCUGGAAAGACAAGCACUGCAAACUCUUCAUGGGCUGCAGAGAAGGGAUAAUUUUAAAGAAAUAUUUUACUGAUAGCAAAGAGAAAAUGCUCUGUGUUUAAACACAAGAACCAAUCAGCGACUCACCCAGCACAAGCAAAGUAUAUUACCUUGUCUUUAUUCUUCUGCAAAGAUGGAUCUUCUUAGAAUUUAUUACCGACAAAUGCCUAGGAGAUUAACCUGUUUUCUUAAUGGCAAUUUAGAAUGAUAUUAUAAUCUUCUCUGUGUAAUGCUCCCUUGCCCAGAGGAAAUGAAAACAGCUCUAGCAUGAAGAAACCCCGUCGCCGUGGGUGACAGCGAGUUGCCCUCACUGAUAUUCCCGCUGGUCAGUGGAAGUGUUUGCCAUUCCCCUCUGCAGGAAUCUGUCCUGAGGACUCCACGUGUGUGGGCCGGACCGUUUCUGGAAAUAUGCCACACUCGAGGACAGAGGGGUAGUGCUUAGAUUUUCACUGUGCUUAGGCAAGGACCCUCAAGGUGUAUUUAUGGCAUCAACCUCCUGAAGGUGUGGAAUGUGUCAAUGCACCCAAGCCCUUUCUUUUUUUUUAGUAAAGCUGGUUUUAGCAGGGGCAGUCAAAGGAGCAUUCAGCAUGUUUUGGAUACCCUCCACGGAGCAGUCUUUUCAGCACCGCAGUUCUUGCUACAGCCGGGAGUAAUAAAACAGCAGGGUGCCGAGAGCUGAAUGAAAACAGCAGCUGAUUGCCUCUUUCUCUGCUAAAGGCUCCCCUCUUCUGGAGGGAGAGACAUCCAUAUGCAGCUUGGCCAGAGGUGUGCCAGUCAUUCUGCAUAGCCUGUGUUUGCAUAUUUCUGGAGCAGGGGUUCUAAGCACCCGCUUUUCCGGCUGGGAAAUACAUUCACAAAGCAAUUUUUCCUUACUUGUUUUUAAUGGACUCCUUUGACUUCCUUGAGGUCAGUACACAAAAUUUCUGCAGUAGCAUGACGUGAUCUAGCCACAGACCCCUUCAGAGCUCUUGGUGGAUAACCUCAGCUACUGUUGGACCUGUGCUUGGGUGGGGAAAGAACAGGAUCCAAAGGCUUUUGGUUUUUUCUUGUAGGUAAUUUAAUCAAUGGUCUGAUACUUUGAUAUAUGUAGGCUGGGUGAGACUAGGGAAUUUAACCAGACUGGCUCAGGAACUCGUAUUAUCUCCUCCUGGAAUAAAUUCUCAUUAGAGUUAUUGUUUAUUUUCCCUUUUCCAUUCAAAUGAUAAUGAUUAAAAGCUUGUUAAAGGUCUUAUUAACUACAGGUUGUGUCUACCUUGUCUAGAAACUCCCUCCUGGGAAUACACAAGAUCUGCUGGAAGCACUAUCAGGCUACAAAUGAUCUUCCCUAAAUUUGCUGAACAGGAAAGGAUUAAACCAUGAACAGUUGAAUGAGAUGGAUAAUAGGGUUGAAGGCCAUUGAUCUAGGCCACCAAACUCAAUCUAACACCGUUAAAGUUUUAUGGAUGGUUGGGAAGGAACUUCUUCCCCCCCCACACGUUUUUUUAAGUUACAGGCAGAUAGCUGUUCAACUCCAAAUGGAAAAAAACCAGUGGGAAUUAGCUGUCAAUUGGUAACCUCCAUGUGGAAGUAAUUUGCAUCUGGGAAUUAUUUCUUGGCUCAGCUGAAGUUAGUUGGAAAUCUCAGGAAACUCCUGAGGAGGCAGUUGCCCACAUGACAGAAUUAUUGUCCCAGGGUGCCUGGGUGUUAACAAUCUCAGCAGACACGGUGUUGGGCUUAGUUUUAUUCCUGUGUUUGUUUUACUUAGGAAGAAAUCUACUGCUGGGAGACCCCAAUUACUCCUCUCUCUGUUAGACAGAGGUUGGGUGUUUUAAUUUCCCAGACUUUCAGUCUCAAAUCUCUGAUUAUCUAAAUAAAGAAAAAUAAACAUACGCUGUCAAUUGUGAUAAUGACUGAACUUGCUGAUGGCUUGAAAAGGAUAAAUUUGACAUCUAAGAAGGUGUGUCCCCAGCAUUGCCCAGAAGAAAUCUUACCAUCUUUUGUAGCUGGCAUGCACUAUUUAUUGCUUAAGCAACAAUUUGUUAAUAAAAUGCUUUGCAAUUCAGCCUGCUGUUGAACAGUCAGGACAGGCUAAAUGAGGUAUAGAUAAAAUUGGGGUUGGUGGAAGAUACUGGAUCUUAGACAUGCACAUACCUCUAUUUAGCAUAGAUUAAACAGCUGCAGAGCUCAGUUAAAAAAAAAAAGAGAAAGAGAAGGAAUAUUGAAACAAGACUUCAUUUUUUAGUUUGGACUUGUUCUGUGAUAUUGUUCUGUCCAAAAGUAGUUCUGCAUGUGCAGAUAAAAUGCUUGGAGAUCACAGAGACAGAAAUGAUGUUGGGAAGACAGUUAACAGAAGAGCUUGAUCUGCACAGAAAAUGAUUCUGAGCAGACAGACACACAUAUACAUAAAGCAAGAUUAAUUUAGAGACCUUUGUCAUUAAGGCAGAUUUUUGUAUGGUUUUGUGUGGGAUUUAAGGGGGAUUAAAUGUUUGACAUCACUUUGCCUGCACAGGCGAUGUGGAAGAGGUUACUGAGCGGGUGAUGGAGAAUUUAAAAACGCGCCUAUGCUGAAGGAGUGGAAGCAAUGGGUCAGACUGCAGCCUGCCCAAACAAACUGCUGGAUCUACCACAUUUCUGAGAACCAGGUGCUUCUGUUUUGACAGCAGAUGCUGCAGGGAUGUGCAGCUGAAGAAAUAUUUAUGAUUUGCCAAAGUAUGAGGGGAACUCGGCGAGGACGUCAGGACUGGGAUGCCCCUGUCUUCUCACUUCAGUGAUGCUUCACGUGCAUCUUUUGUAUGCUAUGCUGUUGCUAAGCAGUAAAAACACUGAAAACAAGAAGUCAGCAAGGUGGAUUGGGUGAUCAGGUGCGUUUCUGUCUUGGAAGAGAUGGUCCUGGUCAUGAAACUUCUGUUCCUCACCUGCCUGUGGCCAACAGCAACGCUACACAGCUCUCACAGUCAGCACCACCACCUUCAUCGUCGGCAGCAAUUAUCUUUCUCAAGAAAGCAUACCAGCAAACGAGAAAUUAAAAUGAGGAAACUUGACAGCACUAAAGUACGGCCGCUUAAAUCUGAGCAGCUGCUUCACAUAGAGGACCAUGACUUUGCACUGCGACCUGGAUUUGGAGGGUCACCAAUACCUGUGGGCAUUGAUGUGCAGGUAGAAAGCAUUGACAGCAUAUCUGAAGUUGACAUGGACUUCACAAUGACUUUGUAUCUCAGACAUUACUGGAAGGACGAGAGACUUUCAUUUCGCAGUAACAAAAACAAGAGCAUGACCUUCGAUGGGCGACUGAUCAAAAAGAUCUGGGUACCUGAUGUGUUUUUUGUGCACUCCAAAAGAUCUUUCAUCCAUGAUACAACUGUGGAAAACAUCAUGCUCAGAGUAUACCCUGAUGGCAACGUUCUCUUCAGCCUGAGAAUAACAGUUUCUGCUAUGUGUUUCAUGGAUUUCAGUAGGUUUCCUCUGGACACUCAGAACUGUUCUUUAGAACUGGAAAGCUAUGCAUACAAUGAAGAUGAUCUGAUGUUGUACUGGAAACAUGGAAACAAGUCCCUGACCACAGAUGAGCAAAUCUCCCUCUCCCAGUUUUUCAUCGAAGAAUUCAGUGCUUCCAGUGGAUUAGCUUUUUACAGCAGUACUGGUUGGUACAAUCGACUUUUUAUCAACUUUGCCCUCCGGAGACACAUUUUCUUUUUUGUGCUACAGUCCUAUUUCCCAGCCAUGCUGAUGGUGAUGCUGUCUUGGGUUUCAUUUUGGAUUGACAGAAGAGCUGUUCCUGCCAGGGUAUCACUAGGUAUAACUACAGUGCUGACAAUGUCAACCAUCAUGACAGGAGUAAGUGCCUCAAUGCCUCAAGUGUCUUACAUAAAGGCUGUGGAUGUGUAUUUGUGGAUCAGCUUCCUUUUUGUCUUCCUGUCCGUCAUUGAAUAUGCAGCAGUGAACUAUCUCACCACGAUUGAAGAGAGAAAGCAACUCAAAAAAAGAGGCAAGGCCUCAGGAGUGUAUAUGGAUGCAGUGCAAGCCAUGGCUUUUGAUGGCUGCUUUCAUGACACGGAUGACAUGGACCUGUCUGGUUUCUCAGACCCCUGUGAGGAGAAUGAGACUCGGACGAGCGAAACCAACAUCUCCAAUGAGGAACCAACUCGCUUGAAGAAAUCUCUGAAGGGAAACGUGGGCAGGAUUAUUUUACAGAACAAUCACGUCAUUGACUCGUAUUCCAGGAUUAUAUUUCCCAGUGUAUAUAUUGUGUUCAACUUUCUUUACUGGGGUUUGUACAUAUGAGCAAAAAUCCUUGUAAGCGAGACGUUAUUUUGCGUAUGAGGGUAGAAUCAUACUUUGAAAACAAUGCAACAGCAGUAGAGGAAUGGGUUAAAAGUUUCCAGAACAGACUUCUGCCUCGAACCUGGGCUGGUUUGGUUAGCAGCAAAACUGCUAAUGAAAAACUUUCACAUGUCUGGUUCUUUUUCAGCUGGACUGUGCAGUGCUUCACUGGGGCAAUCCCAUGCAUAAGUUCCUGCUGUAGUAGCAUAGAAGCAGUUUGGUCACUAAGGGAGCCCUUUGUCACACACCUGAGCAGACAGCAGCUCCCACCUGAGGUAUUAUCCAGUCUCUAUCUACAUUAAACCAUUCCUCUUCAAUCAACCUUUCUGUUUGUUCUCCACUCGUGGUCCAUUUUUGUAGGAAUUGGCACCAAUCACCUUCAGAUAUCUCCUAUCCUUGUUUCACUUGCUGCAGCCUGGGCAACCUGUGUGCACCUCAGCAGCCUCUGUCCUCAGAUGGUAACCAGGGGGAAAAAUAUGGUUAAGCAGUGGAGUAGGGACCAGGAGAAAGCAAGAAGCAAGGCUGAUGGGGCUUUGUAGGUUGUACAUUGUCAACACCUCAAGAAAAACCCCUCACCCUUGUCAGCUGUCCAUGACUCCUCAUGGGACCUUUAUUUUAGAGAAAAUUUGCUCCCUAGUCCCUGAGGCAGCACAGGAACAAUGUCCCAAACCCAAUGUUUUACAGCCACCUCCCGGGUGGAUGAGCAGCAUUCCUGGCACAAGCUGUGCCCUUCAUGUGACACCCACACACCUCUGCCUCACACAGACCUGCUGUAAUCAUCUGCUUUCUGCAGAACUGCCUGUGUGAUGAACACAGGCUUUAAGAGAGAGAGAUUUUAGAAAACUUUGUCAGGAGAACAAGCCAAACACAUCUUCAGCAGAAUCUGUUUCUGCUUUAUGUUGCACAUGAGUUUGGGGUUUUGCCCCCCCUCCUUCUCCCUUUGGCUUGAGGUUGAAUAUUAAGGUGAGGAGAAGCUGCACAUGCCUGUUUGCAGCAGUGAUCCUCGGCACAGGUCCAGGGACCUGGAACACUGAGACACACAGGAAUAAAAGGAAUCAGCUGUGCCAAAACAGACGUACAUAGGAAUGCUGUCAGUCUCAGAUGAAUCAAGCAUGGAAACAUCCUUAGGUUCAGGCUAAGGAGUUUGAAUCAAGAAUGUUCAGGGACACAGAUAGAAAGUGUUCACAGCUCCAAAAAAGAAUCAAGAUUACUUUUGCCACUUUCCCAAAUAAGAAGCGUUUUCCACUUACAUUCACUGGGUUUGUCUGUCAUUUAAUGAACUGAGUUUUUAUUUGGAAAGUCGGUUCAAAGGGAUCACUUGUGGUGGUAAAAAAAAUGUCACAAGGUAAAUGCUUGGCCACUGCUUGGUCAAGUUUAUUGGUCAAGGAAAUGGGAAUAAAUUUGAAAGCCUGAA